UUGUUUUGGGUUUCAAAAAGAGCGAAACUUUUGCAGGUGUAGGAACUGGGAAGAACCCUGGCUCAGUGAAGCGCGCAGAAAACCACAUGGUUGCCGCCGGCGAACCCAUGAAGAAGAAACCGAAGCAAAACCUACUGAACCCCAAUUGGGUUCAACUCCAACAAAAGCUAAAGCUCAAUAAUAAGUCUUCAAGGACUUACAAAGAAGAAGACACCCCAAAAUCAAUACUGGGGAAACGUAAAGAGAGCCCGAAUGAUGAAUCCAAUGACUCUCAGAUUGAUCCUCUUAUUCCUGUAAAUGACGACUCAAGUCUGACAGAUGCAGUCGCCAUAGAUUGUGAAAUGGUUGGCGUUGGUCAAGGAAACAAAAGUGCAUUGGGAAGAGUAACAAUGGUUAAUAAGUGGGGAAAUGUUCUUUAUGAUGAGUUUGUUCGGCCAGUAGAACGGGUUGUUGACUUCCGUACUAAAAUUAGUGGCAUAAGACCUCGAGAUUUGAAAAAAGCAAUUGACUUUUGGACUGCUCAGAAGAAAGUUGCAGAGUUGAUGAAAGGAAGGAUCCUUGUUGGUCAUGCCUUGCAGAAUGAUCUUAAGGCGUUGUUAUUAAGUCAUCCGAAAAAGGACAUUCGAGAUACCUCCGAGUACCAGCCAUUUCUAAAGUCAGGUUGUAGAAGAGCGCUGCGGCAUCUUGCUGCAGAAAUUCUUGGUGCCAAGAUCCAAUCAGGAGAGCACUGCCCUAUACAAGAUGCUCGUGCUGCUAUGCUGCUUUACCAAAGAAAUAGAAAAGAGUGGGAAAGGAGCUUAAGAGAUCAGUUUAGGCUCAAAAAGAAGCAAAAUAAACGGAAGAAUAAAAAGAAACCAAAGAAUGAAGAUACUUCAAAUGCCAACCAUGCUAUAAUUGAAUCAUAGUAUUGCCUCCUUCAAUGGUUAUUUUGUUAGCUUAAAUUUUGAAUUAGAACUUUCAGUUAAAAGGAAUACAGUUUUUGUCUGUUACUAUAAGCUCAAUUGUAUACUAAGUGGCAUAAAUAUGUUAAAUCUGUUGCAAGUUUUGUUAUUCUAAAAGAAAUUUGUAGAAUUUACAAGUACAAAAGAAGGAUGUUGUUUGUUAGGUUAAGCAUAUUGAUGCUUUUAUCUUUGAUAUCUUAGUAUUUUC